AUGGAAACUCAUUCGCACGACCAUUAUUAUCGACAAGAAGACGAAAUUCUACAAGGUAAUCGAUUUUUCUCACUAAUUUUUCGCUUCUACUAACAAAAAAUGCUACAAUUUUUGGUUGAAUCAAUAAAAAACCAUGAAUAAUUCUUUCCUCGUUUUCUUCUUCUCCCUUCGGUCCUUUUUAUGUUUAUUCUAUGUUCACAUGCACCAAAAAAAAAUGAUUUUUUACGAGAAAAAAUUGAUUUUUUUGUUCCAGAAAAAAUCCUCGCAAGAGAUCAGGGAAUCGUUGAGAUCGAUUACAACGAAAAAGUUUCGCCGAAACGAGUUCCGGCGGAAAAUCAGAGAUUUGCGCAGCCAUUGCCUUCGCCGUUGAGUUCGCCAAGUAAACAGCCGGGAAAUUGUGAGUUUUUCGAGAAAAAUAUAUUUUUGAUAGAAUUUUCCUAUAAUUUAUUAUCGAGAAUCUCAUCGGUACUCCACACGCUCCACCGAAAUAAACACGCAACGCAGACCGCGCCGCGCCACAACACACACAAAUAGGGGAACGAUUCAAAUUCCCUCUCUUUUUUUGUGUGUUGUGGCGCGGCGCGGUCUGCGUUGCGUGUUUAUUUCGGUGGAGCGCGUGGUACCGAUGAGAUUUUUGAUAAUACAAGAAAACUUUUAUGAGUUACGGUAACUUUGAUUUGAGAAAAAACACGUAAUUUUCAAAAAAAUCGAUAUUCAUCUCAAAAUUGACGAAAAUAAUCGGACAAAAAAUGAUUUUCUAGCUAAAAACUUGAAUUUUUCAAUAGAAUUUGAAUGUUUUAAGCUCAAGAAAAAUUUCGAAACGAAAAAAACACAAAAUAGGCUAACUCUUGUAUGAAAUGCAACACUUUGUGUUUUUUUCGUUUCAAAAUUUUUUUCGAGCUAAACACAUUCGAAAAUUAUUGAAAAAUUGAAGUUUUUAGCUAGAAAAUCAUUUUUUGAUCGAGGAUUUUUGUCAAUUUUGAGAUAAAUAUCGAUUUUUUGAAGUUACCGGAACUCAAGAAAUAAAAUUUUGAAAUUUUAAAAUCAAAAAUAUAAAUUUCAUCAAAAAAAAAAACAAAAAUACAAGUUGGAUUCGAUGUUUUUCCAAAAUUAAAAAUAAAAUUUUUUUUUGAAAAUUACGUGUUUUUUGAAGUUACCGGAACUCAUAAUUGCCAAAAAUCUCCGGGUUCUCAAAAAAAAAUUCCGACUUUGAUGACGUGUUUUUCUCUUCAUUCAUUCAUUCAUCAAACAAUCGUUGACUCAUAAAAAUUUUGCGGGAACUCAAUCAAUUUUUCUCUUUCUUUUAGCAUUGCUCAUAUUAAGAAAAAAACCCAAAUUUUUUGCAGCAAUGCCAUCUUCAGCCAGAAAAUCACCAUCUCGCGGUUCUUCAAGCUCAUCAGAGGAAAAUAUCGGAACUCGAGCUGUAACAGUUUCAGUUCUUCGAGAUACCGGUUCAAAAGUUGAGAUUGUUUUAAAGGCGCAUGGAUUGAAAAAGAAGAAGGGACUUCUUAAUUCAUUUGUCACCGUAUUCAAGAAGGUUUGUAUUUACUAUUAUCGAAAAUCUCCACGUGCUCCACCGAAAUAAACACGCAACGCAGACCGCGUCGCGCCACAACACACACAAAAAAGGAAGGGAAUUUGAAUCGUUCCCUUGUGUUGUGGCGCGACGCGGUCUGCGUUGCGUGUUUAUUUCGGUGGAGCGCGUGGAGAUUUUCGAUAAUAGACAUCAUCUUGAAAAUCUUAUCAGUAACAAAAUUUUUUUCAGCCAAAUCAACCGUCUCGCCUAUUAUCAAAUGGAAAAUUCACCGAAUUCACGUUGAAAGAAAACUCGCUUAGAUUCUCAUUGGAUGUUGUGACUGAUAAGAAAAAGAAGAAAGGUUCGGCCGAAAAAAUUGAAAAACGAAAAAAUUAUGGAUUUUUUGCAGGAAAUGGUAAUCGUGUUGAUACAUUUGUUUGUGAAGUUAAACGAUUUCCGACCGAAGUCAAUCCGGAUAGUGCAGAGUUUGAGGUACUGAAAAUCAGGGAAAAAAUUUCAUAAAACUCUUUUUCGGAAAAAAAUAGCUAUCGAUUUCCAGAAAAUCUGAGAGCUUGAAUCUUUUUGCAAACGGCUGAGAAUUUCCAAAAAUUGGACCUGUGCCAAUUUUCACUCUAAAAUGAAAUUUCUAGUAGUUUUUGACCCGCUGAUCAUGAUUCUGUUGUCUAAAAUUGCAGAAUUCAACUUCUAAUAUGAGUUAUGACGUGGCAAAUUUGAAAAAAUCGGGAUUUUCGGAGCUGAAAGCUACUAGCUUCAAAAAUGAUUAUCAUUGUUGAAGUUAAUUUUCAGCUCUUGAAAUCCCGAAGUUUUCAAUCUUUGCCACGUCAUAACUCAUAUUAGGAGUUGAGUUCUGCAAUUUCAGACAACAGAAUCGUGUUCAGCGGGUCAAAAACUACUAGAAAACAAUAGAAAUUUAAUUUUAGAGUGGAAAUUGGCACAGGUCCAAUUUUUGGAAAUUUUCAGCCGAUUUUGCAAAAAAUAUUGCGAAAUUCACCGAAAUUACUCAUCUUUUCAGUAAACAAUGACUCAUUUACAAUUCAAAAAUCAAUAUUUUCUAGGUUCUCGAACCAGCCAGCGGUGAAGCUUUCAUUCUCCUAACUCUCAUCAAACUCGGAAACCUAUCUGUGAAUUGGAAAGAAUUCCUUGAUCAAAAUGGAACUAUCGAUGUGACGUGUAUCUAA